CACAGGGUGCAGAGACAGUGGGACACAGAGGAACUGGAGAGGCCAUGUUCACUAUCACAGAGUUUCAGAAGAUCGGGGUGGGAAUCUCCGGGUUCGGCCUGUUUUUCCUGCUGUUUGGGGUGCUUCUGUACUUUGACUCCGUCUUGCUGGCAUUUGGGAAUGUUUUGUUUCUGACUGGUCUGGCUUUCAUCAUCGGCCUACAGAGGACGGCCAUGUUCUUUUUUCAAAGGCAAAAGCUCAGAGCCUCUUCCUUCUUUCUUGGAGGUGUGGCCCUAGUGCUCAUGCGCUGGCCUGUGGUGGGCAUGGUAAUGGAGACCUAUGGUUUCGUCCUGCUGUUCAAAUCUUUUUUUCCAGUGGCCUUCCAGUUUCUUGGAUCAUUAGUGAACCUCCCAUUUCUCAAUACGAGUACAAAUGAAGACAAAUGACACCCCUCCCUUUCUCUCCCCCAAGAUACUGAGCAAGUUAUCUGGAAGCAGCACCUCCUCCAUGGUCUGAGGGGAACUGCCAGUGGAAGGGAAAGACUGGAGAGUUCCGGUUUGGACCGGUUCUACCUCUGCUGGCUAAACCAGAUUAAAGCAGAACAAACAAGCUCUACCUGCACAAACUGACCUAUCGCGAUGACAUUUAAAGAUGUGG